ACCACCGGUCGCAGCGACUUCCAGUCUGGCAAAGGGUGAGGGUCUCCUUCAGAAGAAGCCAGCUCGGCUUGACGAGACAAUCUCUUGCGCAUCCUCCUAUUCGUCAUCAGUCAAAGGAGAGCAGGCAACUGGAGUAGCCGGUGAGCCCAGUCCAGAGCGACCAGCGCCGAUGGUCUUUUUGCUCGACUUCGGCUUAGCCCGCCCUUACACCAUCAACGGACAACCAGACGGCCAGCUGCGUCCGGCCAGAAGAGUGGCCGGCUUUCGAGGCACCGUGCGUUAUGCUUCUGUCAAUGCUCAUCUUCAUCGAGAUCUUGGUCGACACGAUGAUCUCUGGUCCCUGCUAUAUAUGAUGUUGGAAUUUAUUGCCGGCCAGUUGCCAUGGCGCCGUCUACGUGACAAAGAUCUGGUUGGACAAAUGAAGGCCGAAACAGAUCAUGCCGAGUUGGCGGCACGUUCCGGUUUGCCCGAAGAGAUCGCCUCGGUUUGGGUGAGCGAGUUAACGAGGUGUGACUACACUGUAGAGCCGAACUACGCUCGUCUGCAUGACAGUUUAACCGGUUGGCUGGGAAGACACAAGAUAGGCGCUCACUUUCCUCCUUACGACUGGGAGGCUGGAGAUCGUGAAUCCCCACGAAGGCAAUCAGAGGGACAGAAGGAAGAAGCUAAAGAAGUGAUGAUGUGUCAAGAACGAGCAGAAGAAAAGGAGACCAGAGAGUCAGUAAUCUUGAAGGACGAAAGAGUGCGACCGAGUGAUGAAGAACACAAAAAAGAGGAGAAAGAUCAAGAAGGAGCCUGUCUGAAGAGAGCACGACGAGACGCUUUAGAUGAUAAUUCCAUCCUUCCGGCCGGAGCCAAACAAAAGCUAGGACUAUCAGAAGCCCGUCUAGAAUGUGCAUAUGCUUUUCGAGACGCAACUCUCAGUCGGUCCGCCUGCCCUUCAGGCGAUCACAUCUCCACUUGCAAACUGCGCGCUGCUCAAUUGGGAAUUUCCAGCUUCAUGACUGCUGCUGCUGUCGACCCCCCCCUCUCGGGUCCUACACAUAUAGAGGCUCUGUGCGGCUGUUUGCAGUUCCCUUCGCAGCCGGUUACGAAAGUACCAAAGGCGGCGGAGUCUACGAGGAGACCCUACACAGAUAAAGUAGAGUCAAAGUCAUCUCCUCCAGGUGAGAGAGAAAGAAUCAGGAGAUGUGAGGAAUUUCCAGCAAGUCUUCCCGAGUCUCUGGUCAGGCCAGUCUCACUUUCACUGUCUGCCGCAGCCAUGGGAGUCGGAGAUGACAUACUCACGACACCAGCGGACUGGUCCACUCGCAGACUCGAGACUUUGGCGGCAGUACCAGAGUCAUCUGGCAUCAGAGGCUGCGGCUAUGGAGGCCUGAGUGAAGCAGACGCGGAUUUAGCCGUAGCCGAUGAUCUGCAACUGGAGGACGAAGAAUUAGCAGUCGAAGAGGAUGAGGAAAAAGAGAAUGCAGGACAAGGAGAGGAAGAGGACAGGUUCAAUAACAGUCGAACCAUAAAUGGGUCUCGGAUAUGGCGUCGCAUCGGACCUACGGAUGACUGGGACAGCGAGACGCGAACUGCAGGGGGUCGUAGCUCAGUUCAUCCGAGUUAUUAUCUGCCAAAGUCACCUUCCACAGGAACCCUAGGCUCCUCAUUUCAUCCGGCCAUAAAUGAGGCUAUACGGGCUGGAAACCCAGCCCGUUGGGCGGACACCAUUGGAAUGAUCUUUGUAUCGCCAGGUGGUGGUGUAUUAAGGAAGAAGAGCACUGGUAGCAGCAUGAAUCUGGAGGUAGGAGUUUCGGCUCCUACGGAGACAGAUCUAAGGCCGCCAAUCUCAGAGCGAAUUCAUUUCUUUGAUGACAAAAAGAAACUCGAAAGACAUCUUAUAGGGUCGAGGAAAGCUGAAGAACACGCAAAAAAGGAAGGAAAAGCAGUACAAAAUGACGCCAAGUUAUCUUUAAUAUUUCAGAAAGAAAGAGUUGAAGAUGCAUCGCCAAACCUCGAGGUGGCUAACGGGGAGGAGGAAGAGGAAGAGGAUCUUCUUUUGACUGUCUCAUCAACCAGUACAACCAAAAACUCUCCAAAAUCAGGCGAAUUGUCCAAUGCGAAAGAUCAGCCAAUGACGGAGACUAGGGUUCAACCACAAAUCAAUACUCAGCUGUCCGGGGUUACAACAAAAUCAGAUAAAAAUGCCAUUUUGCAAAAUGCUGUAUAUUCUUGGCAAGUGGAAGACCCUCAAAAUACCUAG